AUGAAGACCUUCGCCGCAAUCUUGCUCUUUGCUGCCACCUGCCUCGCAGUCGCUGUUCCUGAGAACGGAAAUCUUGUCCUAAGGGAUGAAAAUCUCGCGCCUCGCAAUGGGAGAUUAGCCUCCGCCACCAACCGGCCUGAAAAGGGUAGCAAAGGUUACAGUAUGGGUGGCAAGGCCUGA